UCCUUUCCUUGCCGCCGCCGCCGCCGCCACCAUCUCGGAGAAGAGCACCGCAGCGAUCCCGUCGACACCUCCCUCAGGCGAAGAUGGUCGCGUUCAGGUUCCACCAGUACCAAGUGGUCGGGAGGGGCCUGCCGACACCGACCGAGGAGCAGCCCAAGAUCUACCGCAUGAAGCUAUGGGCGACCAACGAGGUCCGAGCCAAGUCCAAGUUCUGGUACUUCCUCCGAAAGCUGAAGAAGGUUAAGAAGAGCAACGGCCAGAUCCUCGCCUUCAACGAGAUUUUUGAGAAGAACCCUACCACUAUCAAGAACUUUGGCAUCUGGUUGCGUUACCAAAGCAGGACUGGAUACCACAACAUGUACAAGGAGUACCGUGACACUACCCUCAAUGGUGCAGUUGAGCAGAUGUACACAGAGAUGGCUUCCCGCCACCGUGUUAGAUCCCCCUGCAUUCAGAUCAUCAAGACUGCCACUGUCCAUUUCAGCAUCUGCAAGCGUGAGAACACUAAGCAGUUUCACAAGUCGGACAUCAGGUUCCCACUGGUCUACCAGAAGGUCCGGCCACCAACCAGGAAGCUGAAGACGACCUUCAAGGCUACAAGGCCAAACUUGUUCAUGUGAUCUAAGCAAAUCGUAAGAGUGUCCAGCAUGAACUAUUGCUAGUUCAGAUUAAUAUUAUCUAUAAGAAAGAUAUUUUUCUUAAUUCUAGAUAGUUGAUCCAUGCAGUAGCCUUUUUAGGCCUGACAACCCUUGUUUAUCUUUGUUCCUUUUGUUGUCACCUGAAUGCCUGAUAUGAGUAUACCGACAUGUUUUUUUAGCUUUUA